AUGGCAAAAUCCGCGCGACGUUCAAAGCGCUUGAAGGAAGGCGAAUCCAUCCAACCUGAGCACGUUGAAGUCGACACGAAGAACGCGUUGAAGGCAGCAAACACGAAAGGACUCGCGAUAUUUCCAGACGAGCUCCUCCUCGAAAUACUCUCCUACUUCCCCCCUGCCGUACUUACCACACGAGAGUACUACCAAGAGGACCUCGACGCGCAAGCGGCACGCAGCGAGGUGCUGGAUGCUCUCUGCCAGAUUUGCAGCAACCUCCGCCGGUUCUUCCGGCCGUAUGUGUGGCAGAGGAUUGAAGUUCGGCCUGGAAUGCUGGUGAAUGGGAAGGAGCUCGACGAUAGCACGAAACGCGGUAGGAGGGAGUAUAAUUUGGAGCUGCUGAGGCAGCUUGAGAUUGUGACGAUUCGAGACCCUGCUCUCGCUGAAUAUGUUCAAAUUGUUAACGUAUACGUGGCAGCCUACUCGGUUCGCCCAGUCCUAGACGAACUCGCGCGGUGUCUUGCCCUUUUCACCAACCUCCAUACUAUCACUCUGGACAUGCGUAUCGGCAUCCAGACAGGUCAGAAGCAUCCCGUCCCUGGGACUUUUGACAAGUACCAGUAUCCCCAAAUCAAGACCGUGUAUCUGGGCUUCAGCGCAUCUUAUAUCCUGCCGUCGUGUCCUGAGGCCCGCCAAAUAUAUUCCCUGGGAGACAAUGACUUCAAGAUGGAAAUGGCGCUCAACAAGUGUCCCCUGGCGGUUACGCUGCCUUACCAUUUCGCACCUCAUGAACAUGCAGCAUUGUUAGCCUUUCCCAAGCUUGAGAAGGUGUCGUUGAAUCUCACUGCCCGAGAACUGCGGUUUACGAACGGGAUCUUCAAUGCGGUCUCCUCGCUCGAGCGUCUCGAGCAUCUAACACUUCACGUUGCUCCGGACAGCAUGCGAUCCGGUGGCCCUGCCAAUGAAGAACUCAAAGAGCGAUCCAAGGAACUUCUGCUAGAACGCCAAAGCCACGACAAGCAAGACAAGACACUGGUCGUAUGUACCUCCGACAGUAUGAGAGCGCUCAGGACAGAGGUCAUCCAGCUGCCUUGGGUUCGACCACAGCCGGAGAUGUAG